AUGAAUAGGAAACAACACAUUGAUGCAAUUAUUGAAAAACAGUCGGAGGAAGAGAAAAGGGAUAAUAGGAAAAGGUUGAGGGCAUCGAUUAACUGUGUUCGAUUUCUUUUACGGCAGGGGCUUGCAUUUCGUGAACAUGAUGAAACUGAAGCUUCUCUCAACAGAGGAAACUUUAUAGAGCUCUUAAAAUGGUUGGCAGAUAAUAAUGAAGAAAUUAAAGCCGUUGUACUAGAGAAUGCUCCAGGGAACCAAAAGUUAAUAGCAUCAGAUAUUCAAAAAGAUAUAACUAAGUGCUUCUCUUCUGAAAUAUUAAGUGAAAUUAUUAAAGAACUCGGGGAUGGACCAUUUACUCUCCUCUUAGAUGAAUCUAAAGAUAUAUCAUCAAAAGAACAGCUGGCUAUUGUUUUGAGAUAUGUGCACAAAGGUCAUGUAAUUGAGCGUUUCGUAGGAAUCGAACACGUCACUAGUACAACUGCCAAUUCACUUAAAGCAACAGUGGAUGAUUUCUUUUCUCGACAUGGAUUGAGCAUUUCCAGAUUACGAGGGCAAGGUUAUGACGUGGCAAGCAAUAUGCGAGGUGAGUAUAAUGGUCUAAAGGCACUGAUUUUGAAAGAUAAUUACUGCGCGUAUUUUGUCCACUGCUUUGAUCAUCAACUGCAGCUAGCUGUUGUGGUUGUGGCAAAAAAACAUACAUAUGUAGAAGAACUUUAUGUCGUAAUAGGAUCAGCCAAACGUCAAGAUAUGCUUCGUGAGAAGCAAGCUGAGGCGGUCUUUAAGGCACUAUGUAGUGGUGAGAUAUUAACUGGGCGAGGCCUUAAUCAAGAAAGUACUCUUAAACGAGCUGGUGACACGCGUUGGGGUUCGCAUCACAAUACGAUAGUAAGCCUGAUUAAUAUAUUCUCAUCUGUUAUAACACUUUUGGAAGAUUUAGCAGUGGAUUCUGAUAAGAAAUUUGAAGCUAAGGUUCUCCUAGAUUCUUUGCAAAAUUUCAAUUUUAUUUUCAGCUUGCACUUGAUGAAAAAGAUUCUGGGAAUUACAAAUGAUCUGUCAAAGGCAUUGCAGAGAAAAGAUCAAGAUAUUGUCAAUGCCAUGAAAUUAGUUACAGUAUGCAGGGAACGACUCCAGAUAAUGAGAGAUAAGGAAUGGGAUUCAUUGUUGUCAGAAGUAUCCUCUUUUUGUGCAAGGCACCGCAUCAAAGUUCCUGAUAUGAAUGAUGUGUUCCAACGGGAGGGUCGACCAAGGCGUAAUACUCAAGAGGUAAAUAAUUUGUAUCAUUAUCAAGUUGAGUAUUUAUACACAGUCAUAGAUAUGCAACUUCAAGAACUAAACAAUCGCUUCACCGAUACGAACACUGAAUUACUUCUUUCGGUGGCAUGCUUAAGUCCAAGAGACUCAUUCUCUGGAUUUGACAAAGAUAAACUGAUUCAUUUUUCUCGGUUUUACCCAAGAGAUUUUUCUCCUACUCAACUUGUGUUACUAGAAGAUCAACUACUAAAUUACAUUGCGGAUGUAAGGUCCAGCAAUGACUUUUCAGAAUUGAAUGGAAUUACUGAUCUCGCAAUCAAAAUGGUAGAUACUAAAAAGGAUGAAGUGUACCCUUUGGUUUACUUACUUCUCACAUUAGCAUUAAUUCUACCAGUUGCUACUGCCACCGUAGAAAGGGUAUUUUCUGAUAUGAAAAUUGUAAAGAAUCGCUUGCGUAAUCGAUUGGGGGACGAAUGGAUGAAUGACAUUUUGAUUUGCUACAUUGAGAGACACUUAUUCGAUCUGAUCGGAGAUGAUAUUGUCAUGAAAAGGUUUCAGAAUAUGUGCAGUCGUCGCGGGCAGACAUAG